AUGACAGCGUUAUUCUCUAUCGAGCAAGUCAAGUAUGAAUGUAGUUGUGGGGAAUGGGAAAGUUUGAAUCGGUUGUAUUUUUGUCGACAUUGCUCAAGUAUUCGUUGUCUGUUUUGUGUAAGCUACGAAAUGGAUACAUCAUUUUGUCCUUCAUGUUUAGAUAACGUUUCACCGGGUGAAGCACGUCAAAAAAAGAAUCGAUGCUGGAACUGCUAUCAGUGUCCUAUUUGUGGAGUUGGUGUUGUUGUACGGGCAUCUAAUGAUGCUUAUCAUUUAUCAUGCAACACAUGCCGCUGGACAACAACAGAUUCUGAUAUACCUGAUUCUACUUCAUCGACUCUCUGGCCAGAAUAUGAAUUUGAAGAUGAACAGUUACUUUCAGCGUUUUUGGAAAGAAUGCGAAACUACGCUGUUGUUGAACGUGCUGACCGUGAACGGCAUAAGUACACAAGAAGAUCAAGUAUGGGAAACGUUCUAUCGGAUCGCUUUGGUCUUCAGACCAUGUAUAAUCGAAGAAAAGCGGCUCUUGCUGAACGAACAGACAAGAAGUUCCCUGUGCUCGAAGCAACAGCUGAUGUUCCUGAGCUUGAUGAUUCCAUCUUUAGUGAAAAUAAAAUAGAUGUAGGAAGCAUUGCAACUUUAAUUCAACAAAUAAAGCAGCCUUUGGCUAAUGGACGACCACUUUUUCCAAUCAAGACACCUCUAGCUGGGCGACACUCAGUACGAUGCAAGCAAUGUGAACAUAGUUUAUGCAAAGGAGAAUACAGUCCCACUUCUAUCAAAUUCAAGAUUCAAGUUUUGGCUGGAAAUUACGUGCCUGACAUUCGUUUGUCACGGCAAGCUUCUCUCGUAGUAAAUCAGUGUUGUCCACUUUUUCUGACUGUAUCCAAUUUCUCGAUGAGUCUUACACAAGUUGUUAUCAUGCCAGAAAUGCGUGAGGAUGAAACUUAUGUUAAGUGUGAGUCGUUCGUGAUUGAGUUGUCAAUACCAAACAGAGAUGAUACAGUCGAAUGGAGUGAAACGUCAGAUAUAAAUAUCAAUGAAAGCGAAGGUAUGAUUGUAUUUCGACGACGGCAUCGAGUCGGCAUAAGGCUUAACGUGUUUUCUGUUGAGGGUGAAAAUAGAAAAUUAGCCUUAACUUUAAAAUAUAAAAAUAGUAGUAGUUCUUUUGAGCAUAAGAAUGAUCAAGCAUGGCUGGAGCACAGAGUAUGUGUGUUUCUGGAUGAAGCUAAAGGAACUGAAAUAACUGAUGCUGUAUUACGAUCAAAGAUGGGUGAUGAGAAAUUUGGCCAUGCAUUGCAUGAUGAUCUUACUAUGACAGCUAUUUGUAAGGGUACUUUUCAGAAAAUAAAACAAAAAGAGAGUGAAGGGAAUCUUAGGAUGCAUUUUAAUCGGCGAGCAUGGAGGUAUCGAAUCGAUGAUGAUGAUGAUGCAAAACGUGAAUCUGCACAGCAAUGUGCAUAUGUCAGCCGUCGAACGCAGUUGGCAUGCAAGAAUUAUCGCUUGCCAUCUGAACUGACUUCAGAAGGGUUCUGUGAAGUGCACACUCAUUUUUUCCAACAACUGGCUCAAUAUGCUGUAGCAGAACAACAACGUACUGAAAGAUUUUUAUUGAAUAAACCACAGGAUCCAUCUGAAAUGCAAACGCUGAUGACAGUGAAAGAUUGGUCUUGUACUGAACAAGAUAUGCUUAAUGAUUUGUUUUUGGACGAUGAUGAUGAGGACCCUCUGAAGAAUGCUGGAGUGUGGACUGAUGAAGAAGUUCUCAGAUGUCAAUUUGCUGCUCUUGAACGGAAGUUGCUGUGCAUUCGGAAUUUCCGAAAAUUGAUAGCGGAGAAAACACGUCGGCUUAUUGCUUCCCAUUCCGAAAGUGGAGAAAAAAGUGAAGCAAAAGAGACAAGAUUGGUCGGAGAUGAGCGUUCGUUAAUGAUUGAAUGCGCGAAUAAGAAGUAUCAUUGUCAUUCAAAAAAAAAGCAACAUUGGUUAAGAAAGUUAAAGGCAAGACUUGCUUGGGAUGGUUCCGAAGAACAUAAACUAGAUUAUCUUAAAACGGAUGAUUUGAAUAUACAGUGUUCUCAUUACUCCAUUCCUGAUGAAGAUCAUGUACACACAAAACUUCAGUUGAAUGAUGGUUAUGAUGACAAAACAGCUAUACGACCGAAUUCUGUAACAAGUAGUCAGCUAGUUGAAGAAAGUACAGAUGUUUCUCAUGUUGUCAAAUGUUUGCUGUAUGACUUGUGUGAACAAGUAGAACAAGCUUUGGAAUCCGGAGACAAUUUGCUAGUGUCUCUGGACAGUAAUAUUGUUGGGCGACGAUGUUCGAAUUGGGCACUUCCUAAAUUAAGUUGUUGUGUCGAGCAUGUAUACAAUGAUCCUCAACAAAAUUUAUUUGCUCCGUGCCUGGAGUGUGGCUUAUUGGGUUUAAAUUUCGAAGAUGGGUUGAAUUUCUGUUUCAGACACAUGGGUAAAAGAAAACAAGCUUCGAGUAAUACACUGGAACAACGGAAAGCGAUAACAUUGCAGCAAGGAGUGUUUUCAACAAAUAAUGAUUUAAAAACCAACAUUACAGCUCCUAAAGAACAGUUACAAUGCCCUGUGCGUAUACAGACGGGUCAGAAUGCUCUAGAUUUGCCAUCUGGCGAAGGCUCUGUUGCCGGAAGUUCGAGACAUCCGAUUAAGUAUGUUGUAAUUGAUGAAAGAGACGGUAAAAGGGGAACUAAUCAGAAAGUACAAUUAUCAAAUAGAGGAGCUCUUAGACAUGCAACUGAUGUAUCGCAAACGACAUCGAUAAAUAAAAUAUGGCUAGAGGAGAAUAUGAAUUCUUGCGCUAGGACUAGACCAUUUACAACUGAAAAUUUUCCGCAGAAUAAAACAAGGAGGACUGCUGUAUCGCGAUUUCCAUUACCGGAUUCAAGGGAAUAUCUUGGAAAUAAUUUUUUGACUCCUUCUAUAUGUCGUUCUCAAGAACAAGUGUCGAAAACAAUGGUACAUGAACUCUUGAGUGGCGGACCAUCUAAAGCAGCAGCAUCAGCGUCACAAUUGUCUUCUAGAAGAAUUACAACUCCUCUGUCCUCCUUCGUUUCGAAAAUUGGACAGAGAAGGUUAUUACUUAAUUCAUUGCUUUUCAGACCUGUGAGUAAUUUUCCUUUCAAUAAAUCAGUUGUUGAAGCUCCAGAGACAAUAUCAUUAGGAUCAACCAGUAACGCAGUAACACCCAUGUCAGCGAAUUCAACAUAUUCGAAUGUUAGGCCCGUCGUGCAAAGACCAGUAAUUUUUUGUGCGUUAUCAGUUCCAGGUCAGCCAGUGCGAUUCGCACCGCGAUAUAUCGCGACUGUCGCUCGACCAUUACCAAAUUGGCGUAAUCGUAGUACUAUUUCACUUGACAAUAGAAUACGGCGAGCACCAUCGAAUGUCGUUUCCCCAAUGGAUUAUUCCUGCCGAGCACCAGUACCUAAAAUUCCUGCUCCAUUUAGACGAAGAGAUGAACGACAGUUUGUUGGCGGAAAUGCACGAUCGCGUCUUGUAGCUAUCGAUUCAUUAUCUUAUACUGCUCCACGAAUUUACCCUCGUCCUACUCCACCUCAAACAUUGCGAAGGGAGGUAGCAAAGCCAGUGACAGGUCGAGCUCGUUUGACAUCAGAGGCUAAGGCACCAUCUACAGCAGAGACUUUGGAAACUGCAGCAGCGGUAGCUAGUAUAGCUGCUGAUUUAGCCCCGUCUGAAGAUAAAGAUGAUGAACCUGAUGAAAUGAUUGGAAGAAUAGAUGGACCAUCUUCCUCGUGGCAAAAGUCGGAAGUUGAAAAACCAUCAGUAAGUCAGAAAGUGGGGUUUGAGAAGCGGAUGCGAGUUGGAUUAGUUGAAAGAAAUUCACAAAUACGAAAUAUUUUUUUUUGUAGGGAAAUUGAACAACGAGGUUCAUCAGGCAUUGGUAGUAAACGAGUAGCUCCUUUGCUUUCAAGGCAGUCAAGUGGGGAGGGUACAGAAGACGGGUUAGCAGUGCUUGCUUUAGCGGCUGCUUCACGAGCUGUUGUUUCAGACGAACCAUCGCCUGUCAAAAAGCUCAAAUAUGAUCAAUUAGGUCUGGAAAAAGAAGGUGAUGAUUGA